ACGAAUAUAAUUCUAGUUCUGCUCAUUCGAUCCGAACAUAUUUGCGGUGAGGGGUUAGAGAUUUGGGGUGCAACAAAUUCACUUCAACCAAUUCCGUCACUAUUUGUGGUGAGGGGUCAGAGAUUUGGACGAGUGACAAUUCCAGUUCCUCUCAAUUCAAAUUCCAUCAGCAAGCCCAGUCACAACCUAAAGAUGAUUUCAUUUUCGUAGGGGAAUUAAUGGAAACCUCAAGCUCAAAUGUUCUGUCGCUCGGCCUCAGACUGAGACCACACUGUACACAGUGCGCCUCUCCGGCUUUAAAACUGGGAAAGGCCGGAUUUUGCCACUUGUGAUCUCUCCUGAAAUCCAAUCUGGACGCCAGCUGUCAAAGAGUUAAGUUGUCUACGUGGAUAGAAAAACAGGUAAAAUCCGUUAGAACUGGAAUUCUGAAACCUUCGCCCGCGAUCUACCUUUCUUUCCAUGAGCAUCGCAACCUUUCUUCCAUUCCAAGAUAUUAUCAUCUCUUCUCUUUUGCUUUAUGCUUUCUCCAAAGGAUUACGCAACAGCCCUUAGAAGUUUCAUUUCAAAUCCCUUUACCACUAUCAUCAGGCCAUCACCAACCAAUUACUACAUACUUCAUCCUUCACCUUGUUCCUCUCAAUCUUCUGGCCUCUGCAGAGGGAAAAAUCCACCCCCUCACAGCAUGGCGGUAGCUCAUUUUAGUGCUACCCCACAAGCUAACUUGCGCACUUCUCUCCUUCCUUCCUCACUUCACAAGAAAAACCUCCUCUUUUUUCUCACAAUAGCACCACCAGAACGACAAGCGAGAGGCACUCAAAGAAGAAGUCGAAGACAAGGCUCGGAAAUUAGGGUUUCUAAUGGAGGAGAUUCGAACCUCGGUAUGUGGAAGGGGUCCGUGGAUCUUGAAAGGGAUGCACUUGAGUUUCAGAAGAUGGUCGAGAAUUCUUCUCCUGUUUUCAGAAAGGACGCUGAAGAUGAUGACAGCCCAGAAGCACUGGAGCGGAAGAGUAAACAGUUCAAGAAGAUCCUGGAGGUUCCCAAGGAAGAGAGAGACCGUGCUCAAAGAAUGCAGGUGAUUGAUCGUGCUGCCGCGGCACUUGCGGCUGCUCAAGUUCUUCUUAAGGAAGGCCCUCCUCUGAAAAAGGAAAGCUUUUCGGCUUAUUCGAGCUUGUCUGGAUCUGAUGGGAGUAAUGGAGAAGUGAAGAAGAGUCCACAUGGAGUAGUUGCCCAGGAUGGAAAUUUAUUUGUACCUCAGUCAGGAACCUCAUUUGGAACACCUGGUCCAGAUUUUUGGUCUUGGACACCUCCUCAGGAUGGUAAUAAAAGUUCAGAAGAUGUAGGUAACUCACAAAGGGAAAGAAAGCCGGUUUCAGAUUCACAUUCAAUCAACUUAGUGGUGGAGAAAGAACAACCUGUAGACUUUCUUUCAAUUCCAUUUGAGAGUACCUUUUCUGAAAAAAUCCAUAAUCCACCUCUCCCACCCUUUCAGUCACUCGUUGAGGUUGAAAAAGUGGAUGUUUCUGAUUCCAUUUCAGACCUGCCUUCCUUAGAAAAAGAAAAGGAAUUACAAUUUUCAACAUAUGCAACAGAAGCAGCAGAUGCUCUUGACAAGGUCAGUGAAACAUCAUCCAAUGGAGUCAAUCUGGAUGGUUCAAGGUGGUGGAAGGAGACAGGUACAGAACAACGACCUGAUGGGGUAGUUUGCAAGUGGACACUGACAAGGGGAGUUAAUGCUGAUGGAGAUGUUGAGUGGGAGGAGAAGUUUUGGGAAGCUGCCGACCAGUUUGACUAUAAAGAGCUUGGUUCAGAGAAAUCAGGACGUGAUAGAGCAGGAAAUGUAUGGCGUGAAUACUGGAGAGAAUCCAUGUGGCAGGAUCUUACAAGUGGGCUUGUAAACAUAGAGAAGGCUGCGGAUAAGUGGGGGAAGAAUGGAAAGGGGGAGGAGUGGCAAGAAAAAUGGUGGGAACAUUUUGAUGCCUCUGGUCAAGCUGAAAAGUGGUCCCACAAGUGGUGCUGCAUUGAUCCCAACACACCCUUAGAGGCCGGCCAUGCUCAUAUAUGGCACGAGAGGUGGGGUGAGAAAUUUGAUGGACAGGGUGCCAGUAUGAAGUACACUGACAAAUGGGCUGAGCGCUCCGAGGGGGAUGGGUGGACAAAAUGGGGUGAUAAAUGGGAUGAGAACUUUGAUAAGAAUGGACAUGGUAUCAAGCAGGGAGAAACAUGGUGGGAAGGCAAGCAUGGAGAGCGGUGGAACCGCACAUGGGGUGAGCAUCACAAUGGCUCCGGAUGGAUACACAAGUAUGGAAAGAGCAGCAGUGGAGAGCAAUGGGACACACAUGUAGAAGAAGAAACCUGGUAUGAGAGGCACCCUCACUAUGGUUUUGAGCACUGUUUUGAAAACUCUGUGCAACUCCGGGAAGUUGAGAAGCCGCCUGAGACGUAUUAACCAACCAUGACAAGCUUUAGCCUUUAUGCUUGAGUUCCCUUCUUUUGUCUUUCCUUCUGUAUUUUUUUUCCUCCUUUUUUUUUUAACUUAUUUUUCUUUGUCCUGAGUGAGAUAGAUGAAGUUAUGUGUAUUACACAUACGAUGAAUCCUAACUCAUCAAUCAGCAUCACCGUCUUAACGAGUAAUUAGCAUGCAUAGUCAAUUAUCGAACAUUAGCUUCUUGGUCAGUUUGUUGGGGCUUUGGGGGGGAUGUAUCGGACUAUGUGCUCGGUUGCACAUUUUAAUGAAGUGUUCUCUCUA